UCUCUUUCCCCCAUCCGAGAUAUAGAUCUCUACCAUCUGCUACCAGAAUUUGAUUCUUUUUUCCGAUUCCGAUGAGCCCCCUCAUCCCUUGAUGAAGUUGUUCUAUCAUUUUGCUAUUUAGAUUCCUAGGACAUUUAGAGACAGAUCUUAUUGCUGUGAAGAUGGGUUCUCGCAAAGAAAAAGGGACUAUGGGGCAAAGUUGUUGUGGGCCGGGUCGGUUCAGUAACCCGAUCCGACAUAUACGGUGCGGGUCAUAUUUGUAAGCGGGUAUCGCUUGGAGUAUAAAUAGUAAUCUGAAGCUCCCUCCCGCUACUGAUAGAUUCAAAAUUGGGGAUUCUCGUUUCCACAGCGACCGCUCCAGGUAAGCCCUCUCGUUCUCUGCUCUGCUAGGGUUUGUAAGUUCGUAUCGAUUAGAGUGGAUCAAAAUCGGCGAAAUGGUUAUACGCGACUACUACGUUGAAUUUAGGCUGCUUCUCUGUUCGCGGACCUUGAUUGCUUGCUAGAUUUGUGCGGAUCUUGAUCGCUUAGGAUGUCGGGACUGCCGCUUCUUUUGAAUGAAGAGAAUGAGAACAUGGUUGUAUUUCGUGUUCGUCAAAGUGCUAGGGUUAGAUACAGGAAUACUUUUCAGAGAUUGGAGAUCCCAGGCAUCCCCCAAUGGAAUCCUGAACAUCCAGCAGCCAACUCUCAGCCAAUUGAUAUCCCUGGAGCGAGAUUUGGUGAUCAUGUUGAUGUUGAGGUUGGCUCCCCUCCUUCUCUUUGCCACUGCUCACAUUUGGCCGUGGUGGAGCGUUCACUUCAGGUUCUAUUGGCAGCACCGCCUGUUGGAUUCCCUCCCCGUUGCCACUGCUCUCAUUUGGUUGUGACCAAGCGAUCACUUCACGUUGGGGCUGUGUUGGCAGCACCACCUGUUGGAUCCCCUCACUGUUGCCACUGCUCUCAUUUAGUUGUGAUGGAGCGAUCUCUUCAGGCUAUGUUGCCAGCGACACCACCUGUUGGUCCCCAGUACCAAUAUCAGCUUCGCAGAACAAAGUCGGCGUCAUUCUGAAAGUUGUUUUGUCUCUGAAUCCAUCCUACACUCGUCUGAAAGUUGUUUUGUCUCUGAAUCCAUCCUACACUCGUCUAUCAUAAUGGCUUUGUGAAUACACGUUACUCAAAUGAUAUAACUGCACAAAGAAUAUUACUGUUGGCUUUGUGGAAAUGUAGCCUGAGGUACCCUAUCUUGAAUUGUCCAUAAGACUAGAUUUAGACAGAAUUCAACUGUUGGGCUUGUGUCACAUUGAUGAAUUGAUCGAAAGUACCUAUCUGUAUAGUACAUAGUGGUAAUACUUUUUGGCAACCUCUUUGUUUGGUAAUAUUCUGCUGAUGCUUCCCUUCAUAUACUUUACUGUAAUGUUUUAAAGGUUA